AUGUCGUCCGCCGUGGCCGAGAAGACCCCCGACGACUCCUCCAAGUUGAAGACGUUUCUGUCCAUUCUGCGCAAGUAUGGCCCGCGCGUCGUCUUACUCGAGAGGGCGAAAAACCUUCGCUCCGGGGAACGAGUGCUGAUACAGGGCCCCAAAGAAUACUGGAACUAUCUGGACCGACCGGAGACCUUUGCGAGCAUUGGCAAGUCGGAUGAUGAAUUAGGGCGCAUGCUCGAGGUGUUACGGUUUUGGUUCACCAAGGACCUGAAAUACAUCAAAGGGAAAGCCAUGCAAGCCAUACAAUUCGACGCUGGGCGAAUUCUUCCGCGUAAGUCAGGGAUUUGUAGCUGGGAGGUACCGGACUUCGUCCCGGAGGAAGCGAACCUUCCCGGAGUCAGCGCGAACGGCAACGGUACCUCCGUCGAAGAUGGCAAUGAAAAAGUCAGGAUCUCGUAUUUGACCGAACAGACCUCUCACCAUCCACCCGUGUCGGCCUUCUAUAUCGACUGCGCGGAACGCGGUGUCUCGGCACGCGGUUUUGACCAGCUCAGCGCCAAAUUCACUGGAACGAGUAUUCGAGUGAGCCCCGGCCAGCACAACUUGGGUAUUUUUGUCAACAUCGAAAAGAGGGAUAACGAAGAAUAUCAAUUGACCCACCCGCACGCACACCUUGGAGGUUUGCUUCGCGGUGCAUUGUCGAUCACAGUGUCUGACGCAUGCUACAUGACCUGUCCCAAGACACGCAUGAAGGCGAUCCUGCAGUACAUGGAAGAGGGCUGGAUUGGGCGAUCUCAGAACCGCCUGGAGGGAGUGAUCUUCCGCUACGACCCCGACAACGAUACCGUGACAAAGGUCAAGGAUGUGCGGGAGAGUGAUGUUCUUGCCCGAAUCAGCGGGUCCUGGCAUGGCAAGAUUUACUAUACCCCAGUUGGAAGCAAGGAGCCCGUCUUGCUCAUCGACAUCGCCCCUCUAUUCCCGGCCGAGAAAGACAUCCCGCCUACCGAACAACAGCUAUCCAACGAGUCUCUGAAGUUUUGGUCGGAAGUGACAAGUGCCAUUCUGAACAAGCAGUACGCCGAGGCGACCAAGCUCAAGCAGGAUAUCGAGGAACGUCAGCGCCAGCGAGCCGCCGAGCGCAAGGAGAAGGAAGUGGAGUGGAAGCCGCGCUUCUUCACCGGCGCAGUGACUCCAUUGGGCAAACCGGAGUUGACGGAGGAGGGCCAAAAGGUCCUCCAAGGCAUCCGGUCUGGAGAAUUUGCCUUAGAAGAAAGUACAGUGCAGGGCGCAUAG